GUGCUACAAACUCAAAAAUCGUUUGUUUGCCUAUAAUUUUCCAAUGAACAAACAAAAUGCCUUGAUCAUUUUUACUUAUGGAUGUUAUUUUACGAAAGCAGAUAAUAUUUAAGUACUCGAAGCAAUAAUUGUAACGACCGAUUGAUAAAAAAUCAAAACGAGCAAGCAAACUUGUAGCAACGGAACAAUACUCAAGGAAUUGUUAAAAUACCUAAUUAAUUGUUAAAAAAAGCGUGCAAGUACAUAUAAAUGGUUUCUACUUUUAUCGGGCUAUUGGACAUUCAAUCAUGGUGGGAGAUACCGUGCAUAUCUCAUUUUUGUUCAUUGUUUAGUUCUGCUUUUGAUCUGCCCGACAUCGAUAUCGAGGAUCUUGAGUCGGCGCUUCUAUCGGAUGGCACUGAUGAAGAUCAAAUUGCGCUUGUACCGGAGUUAAUUGUACGCCUACUAAAGGGUUGCGAUGCACUCAAAUCGGUAGCAAAAGAAAUAACCCAUAGCAAUUAUCAAAUGUUCUUGCGGCGUUUUCUACGCCAACAGUGUCCCAUACACAAUACCGAGAAUCAUUUUGAUACGGACAUUGACUUUCAAUCGCUGCCGGUGCGCAAACGCUUGCAAAUACUACAUGAUUUAUGCCAUUUUCGUCUCGAUUCAUGUGAUGUACAAGUUAUAUUAAGCAAUUUGGAAGCGGAUAGCUUGCGUGUCGAGCCGCUCGGUUACGAUUCGAAAAAUUCUGGCUAUUGGUAUUUCUAUGGCACGCGAUUGUAUCGCGAGGACAAGUCUACAUCGUCAGUGAAUAGUCAUAGCGGUGGUGGUGGUGGAGGUGGAGGUGGCAGUGGCGGUAAUAAAUCGGCGACGGCAGUGGUUAACGGCAGCCGUGGCAGCGGUGAAAAUUCAGAUGGUGCUGUAUGGCAAGUAAUUUGUUUUACCGAAGAGGAUUGGCAGAAUUUGGCUAGUAAAUUUAAAUCAUCAACAAAUGCUAAAGAACGCGAAUUAUAUCAGAUAUUGGAUGAAAAUUUUCUACCCAAGUUACCACAACUUUUCCGCGAGCGAGAGAGAUUACGCCGAAGAAAGCUACUACAAGUCCGCAAUUCGACACGCUUACGUAACAUCGUCGAGCUAAAAGCGCGCCAAGAGCAGGAACGUUUGCUGCGCGAACGUCAACGUUAUCCAUUUGAGCCGCCAACCAAUUUGAAAUCUCAGCAGUUAUCCGCACAGAGCAGAGCAAGAAGACGGUUAGCAAGAGAACUUGCCAAUAACUCUUCUACCAAUACUACUAGGGACAGCCACAAUUGAAAGAAUGAAAUAAUAAAAAAAAUUAAAACAAAAACGACAAAUCUUCAAAAUACCAACAAAACGAAAAAAAGAAAUAUCCAAACACCAUAACACUUAGAGAACUGUAAUCAAAUGAAAAUUAAUGCGAACGCAUAUCAAUUGCUCAUUAUUCAUUAAAAUACACCGAACAGCAACCGAACAAACGCAAAGUUAAAGGAAUCAUAGAGUACAGAACACUGAAGAGCCAUCAACAUACACGCACGCAUGCAAAAUCAAACAUACAUGUAUAUUCGAGAGAGCACAUAAAUAUAUUUACAUACAUAUGUACAUUUAUUACACACAUUUCUUGUUUUAUGCGUGCAAUGCCUUAAAAUGUUAUAACUUCAUAGUAUAACUAACUAGUAUAACAUACAUAAAUGCCGACAUAGUACGUACAUAGAUCCACAUGAGAAAGCAAACAUACAAAAUCUAAGAUUUUUAUUUUCCCCAAACAUAACCGCUUGUUUCAUUUUAUAUAUGCUCAUGAUUUUUCUGUGCUUGGAAUUUGUUCAUACCUAUGCUGUGAACUGUUUCGAUUACAUUUAUUUAAAUAAUUAAAUUAUUAACAACAACUAUACUUAUUAACUUCAUUCGUUCAUUUGAAGCACUGCUAAAAAUUUCUUUGUAUAAAAAAAUGAAAAAACCUCAACAGACAUUCACGUUAAAUUGGGAGUAGCAUUUGCCAACAAAAAAAAAAAUCAGUUAAAAUUUGUUUGACACUUCAUAAGACGAGUAAACUAAAACCGAUAACCACCAUUCACGCAACAAAAGUCAACUCAUCGCUGCGACAGCACAAUAGAGCGCUAAAAAAAAAAAAAAAAAAGAAACAAAGCCUUUUUUGGUUAACCCAAAAUUAGCAUGCAAAAAAAAAAUUAAUGCUCUGCGACAUACAGACAGACAAAGUGCGUCGUUCCAUGAAACUAAGCAGAAGAAAAUCGCGCUCAAGAAUCGAAACGAAAAUACCGGCAUAAAGAAUUGACAAAAAAAUAAUAAUAAAUAAAAGCACAUUUCUUUGAGAAGAGCCAACGGGAAUGGCGACAGCAACAACAACUGCAGCAAUGGAACAUGUAAAAUUUAACGACAACGACAGCCAUUAAUUUACAUACGUUUAUUUCGGUUAUUGUGAUUCUAAAACACAACAACAAAUUGGACUGAGUGAACUUACGUUUGGUUUCGUUACACAUCUCAAAAUCGAAAUACAAGUUUUAAUAAAACAAAAAAA